CUCUCCAGGGCCUACCUGGAGCUCGAUGUCACCCUGUCCCCCGAGGCCUUCCAGAGCCACGCCACUGCUGCCAUGGCCCACGUCAACCACGCGCUGCGGCUGCUGCUCCGCCUCUUCCUUGUGGAGGACCUGGUGGACUCGCUGAAGCUGGCCGUGGCCAUGUGGCUGAUGACCUACGUGGGAGCUGUCUUCAACGGCAUCACCCUCCUCAUCCUUGCUGAGCUGCUGGCCUUCACCCUCCCACCUGUCUACGAGAAGAACAAGGUGAGACCCCAAAACGGGGACAAAUCCCCAAACUGGGGGUGAGAUCCCAGAACGUGG